UCUGCUGAAGGGUUAUAAAGAUGGCGACCGCUGCUUAUUGUUAGAUAAGGCUACAAAACGCACAGUUUCUGUCGGCGUACGUCGUUCCCAAAGCUGCGAGCAUGGACUACACAAGUCCAGCAGGGGCGGCAAGAGGCAGUUUGCACACGGAAAAGGCUGCAGCGUGCUCCCGUGGGGAAGGAGUUCACUUGCUGAGGCAAAAGGACCGGAGUGGCAGUGACUCUGGAGUGAGUGACUCCGGUGACUCCGGAGUGAGUGGCUCCGGAAUGAGUGGCUCCGGAUUGAGUGGCAGUGACUCUGGAAUCUCCGACAGCUCCUCUGUGGGAACCUGCGAUGGCCUCAGCCUGGUCACGGGAGAGGCGGACGAACCCCUGCUGAAACCCAACCCCAACAGGUUUGUGGUUUUCCCCAUCCGAUAUCACGACAUGUGGGACUUCUACAAAAAGGCGCAAGCCUCGUUCUGGUGUGCAGAAGAGGUGGAUCUUGGGAAGGACAUGGCGGACUGGUGUUCGCUGAAGCCGGCGGAGCGGCGGUUUCUGUCGCACGUUCUCGCUUUCUUCGCUGCCAGCGACGGGAUCGUCAAUGAGAACCUGGUGGAACGCUUCUGCCAGGAGGUGCAGGUUCCGGAGGCUCGGUGUUUCUAUGGGUUCCAGAUCGCCAUGGAGAACGUCCACUCGGAGAUGUACAGCCUGCUGAUUGACACGUACAUCCGGGACCCGGGGGAGAGACAGCGGCUGUUCCGGGCAGUGGAGACCCUCCCCUGUGUGCGCAGGAAGGCGGACUGGGCGCUGCAGUGGAUCGCCAGUAAAGACACCAGCUUCGGGGAGCGGCUGGUCGCCUUCGCUGCCGUGGAGGGAGUCUUCUUCUCAGGGUCAUUUGCUGCCAUUUUCUGGCUAAAGAAACGCGGGCUGAUGCCAGGCCUGACCUUCUCAAAUGAACUAAUUAGUCGUGACGAGGGCUUGCACUGUGAGUUCGCCUGCCUGUUGUUUAAACACUUGAUCCACCCGCCCAGCCCGGACAGAGUGACACAGAUCGUCACCCAGGCCGUCAGUAUCGAGCAGGAGUUCCUUACGGAGGCCAUGUCGGUGGACAUGAUCGGGAUGAACUCACAGCUGAUGAAAACCUACAUUGAGUUUGUAGCAGACCGGCUGCUGGCAGAGCUCAGCUGUCCGAAGGUUUAUUCCGUGGAAAACCCGUUUGACUUUAUGGAAAAUAUCUCCCUCCAGGGGAAGGCAAACUUUUUUGAGAAGAGGGUGGCUGAGUACCAGAAAGCCAACGUGCUAACCCCCGAGGACAUGAGACAUGGCUUCACGUUAGACGCAGAUUUUUAGUGUAAGGAACUGUCAGCUGGACAGCAUCAGAUUUCUAGUGUAAGGAACUGUCAGCUGGACAGUAUCAGAUUUCUAGUGUAAGGAACUGUCAGCUGGACAGUAUCAGAUUUCUAGUGUAAUUUAGGAAACCUUAACAGUAUUAAUAUUUACUGUGACCAAGUCUGAACUGUAUUUAUAUUAAGUUGACUGGUCAAAGUUGUCUCAGAGGACAUAUCUUUGAUUAUCAUGUCAGAUGUAAUAGUGAUGUGCAAAGUGGCAGUGGAAGCACUGCGCAGCGAAUUUAUGCAUUUUUGUGCCCUGAAACAACUAUUGUAGGUAUCCUUGUGGUGUAGAUGGUUAUUAUAUCACUGGCUGAGCAAUAAAGAAUGUUGUUAACUGGUAAUACAUUGGUAAAACAUUUGUACGGCAGAAAAUUAUAAAUUCUUACCUCGAUGCUGACGACUCUGAUACCAUAGAGCAAUCUGUUGUGUGUCCUGGCAUAUUUUUGCUUAUUUUUAACUAGUUAACUAGUAUUGUCCAGUCGUAGUAUCCAGUCUGUUAUUGUACUGCUGCAAGGUCUCUGAGGCCUAGGAAAAAAAAUGUUGUGUUUCCUGUUUCCCGACCGACCCUAGAAAAACCUGCCGACCCUAGACUUUUUUGAGGAUGAACCCUGCAAGGACAUAAUUUUUUAAGCUGAUCAACAUUUUCUAACUCAAUGAACUGACAUUUGAGGGAUAAAAUGUUGUAGGGAAGUAAGUUUUCUGCACAUCUGACCAGUCCAGACAGACACAUACAACAA